GUACGUAGUAGUGCAAUGGCUAUCCGGUCAUAGAACAUCAAAAGAGAUGUCUUCCGGUCACGUGAUUUUCUGAUCGUUGUAUUAAGUAAGCUCACAUAUGUAUAUUUACAAUCAGUAUCUAAUGUCCGGAAAUAUUUACUUGGCUGUUUAUAAAAAGGAAAAAUGAACAAGACAGAAAUGUCAGAGGAAGAACAAGAGUCGAGUUUACAGGAUUUGAACAAUAACGAGCUUGACAAGCUUAUUCCUGCUGUUAUAUUUCUCUCCGUCAUUUCACUGACUGGCAUAGUCGGGAAUAGUUUAGUUAUUCACAUUUACAGAACGCGAUUCAAGUUUUCUAACGUUCAGUGUUUUGUUCUAACUUUGGCAGCUAUAGAUUUGUGUUCAUGUUGUGUAGCAAUUCCUCUUGAGAUAGUCACUGUCCUAGACCAGUUUACAUUUGAGCCUGGGUGGCUCUGUAAAUUGGCCAGAUUCAUAAAUGGCGUUUGCACAAAUGCCUCAACGUUCAUGUUGAUAAUGAUAGCUGUCGAUAGAUUCCGGAAAAUUUUGAAACCAUUUGAAUGGCAAAUCAAAGCAUCUGUCGCAAAGAUGUUAUGCGUUGCAUCUGUGAUCCUCGCAACGAUGGUUUCAUGGCCUGCAAUCGCCAUUUACGGAAAAGAUACUUUCGAUAUCCCAAAAUUCAAUCUCACCGGAAGUGAAUGUGGGACUGAUAAUAAUGUAAAAGAUACGUCAUUUCCGGUUGUAUACACACUUACUCUUGCGAUUUUGUUUAUAAGCAGUGUAAUCAUAUUGGUUAUACUGUAUUGCAUGAUUGGAAACAAAGUGAGAAGCCACGUUCGUAACAUGAAGGACGGUUUAGGAAAAGCUGGUUCACAAGCUUACACCCGAAACCAGCAGACUGCAAAAAGAACCACUUUCGUCAUGUUUCUGGUUACUAUAGCGUUCAUUUGCAGUUUCCUCCCACAUCUUAUUGUGAGACAAUUCAAAAGCAAGUUUACAGCAGACGGCUCUUCCAGCGGAAGUGAAGGUGUUUACAAAAUCUUGACAAGAUCCUACUUCCUGAACUGUGCAGUAAAUCCUAUUAUUUAUAGUAUUUUCGACUCGCGUUUCCGGCGUGCGUGUAAGAGAAAGUCAUCUGGAGAAUUAACUAGCGAUUCUCAAACACACGUACAAAGGUUAACACAAAUUCCAAAAGACACAUGUGUUAUUUCAAAGAUCACACCGUCAUGAAGGACUGUAUAAUAUGGAUAGUGUUUUUUAAAAGUUUGUGAAAAGAUAUUUUGUUUCAUUUUCGGAUUGUGAUUUCAAUAUAAUAUACAAUAUUUAAUUCCUUAUACGGACGGUUUGGUAGUAAACCAUUUUCCGGCAAAAAACAAAAAUAUUCGACGGUAGCAGUUUUCUGCCAAACAUGAAAGUGGAAAAAGACAACAGAUUCUUGACAAUGUGUAUUACAUUAAUUUUAUCACAUGAUACAAUGUGUAUUACAUUAAUUUUAUCACAUGAUUAUGUUAAGUUUAAUUUUCAGAGCCAAUAGUUAUAUGCAAUGAAUCACAAUUUGGUCUGACUAGUGUUUAUAUAAAUAUACUUGUAGUAGUGAUAAAAAUGACACUUGUUUUAUUACAAUUAUGUAAAGCUAAAAAUAAUUAUAUUCAUUCAUGGUAUUUCAAGUAGAAUUCUACUUGUAAGAUUUCACAAAAACUUGAUAAAAAUCAAAACAAUGUGAAGGGUUACUAAACAGUUUUCAAAACAUGAAAACAAUACAUAUAAAACGUAAUACAUGGCCGAGUCAAAGACUGAAACUCUUGGUUACUGUAUUUUGACAGAUAUCAUUCAAGUCAAACAUUUGUGCAAGGCUUGACCACUACCUUUUGAUUACUCAAGCAACUGUGUAUGCCAUAUUUUAGGAUGAAAAUGGUUUUUAGGGUGAACAUAUAUUUUAUGGUGGACAUGGUUUUCCGGAUGGGCAUAAUUUUCAUGGUGAACUUGCUUUUUUAUGGUGGCUGAUUAGUGCCAUUCGUGUUUUCGCCCCGCGACCCCCACCAAGCGAGAAGUCGAAAAUUAACAAGUUAAAAUAGUGGAGACGCGGAGCGAAAAGUCGCUAAUUAGCCAGAGCCCGAAGCGAGAUUUAAAUCAAAGCACAGAAGGCGCUGAAUUUGUUUGGGUCUCAGAAUGU